AUGGAUGGCUCCUUCGACGUCCGCGACUACAUUGAUGCUCCCCACCAAAUGCCUGCACCAAUAAAUUCAGACCAGUCUCCUAAGCCCCCUGACCACCCGCCCUCGCACUCAAACUCCCGCUCGGCCACCCCGACAAACGCUGCGCCCCCAAAUAUCACUCCCCCGCCCCCAGAGGCGCCGCAGACCGAUGCGCCACCCCCAGCGGCGCCGUCACCAGCUGCUCCUCCCGCCGCCAGCCCCGACCCCGGUGCCUCCAUCCAAUCGCUUCUUGCAUCCAAAAAAGAUGCCGCGAGCAACGGACCACCAGCUCCGCCAGCCUGGAGUCCGCAACAACCCCUGCAUGCACCGAUGAAUGGGCUGCCUGCACCGCUGGCCCCCGGCAAGCGCAAGCUCGACGAUAAGGACACGGAGGAUCCACAUCACAAAAUUAGACGCAUUGUUGGCGAUCACGUAUCCCAGGAUCCCUCCAGAGUCAUGCCAAUGACCACUGUAAUAUGUCUCCAUGCCGCGGUCGCACAAAAGUCCUACGGAAGUGAGAAGCGCUUCCUCUGCCCGCCCCCUGUUGUCCACAUUGAAGGCCCUGUCUGGCACCUCCGAUCACAGCAGUUGUCCAUGUCCGUCGUAUCUGAAAACGGUGAACGCUCCUUUGAACAAAAGGCGCCACUCGACAACAACAUGACUGCCAGCUUCAAGUUCUUGCAUGUCACUGGUACCGCCAAAGCGAAGAGCUUCCAGUUGUCCCUCGAUGUCGCAGAACCCGCUCCCAACGCAACUGGCUCGGAAAGUAACGCGCUCCCAGGUCGAGUUUGGGCUUCUUUCGACUCUGCUCCCGUAACCAUCAUCUCCAAGCCAUCCAAGAAGACUGCGAAGACGCGUAAUAUAUCGUCCUGCAUCCUUGCUGGGGGUCCCGUAUCACUAUUUAACAGGAUCAAUUCCCAAACUGUUCGCACCAAAUAUAUGACUAUAGAUCACGCUCAGUUAUGCGCGAGUAACGUCGCGUGGUCUGCCUUCAAUGUCAAUGUUGUUCGACGGCCUGACCAGGCGAAUCUCAUAGGAGCCCCGCUGCCAGUCACUUAUGGGUGUGAAAUUGUGCUUUCGGAUACACACUCAGGUAUCGCCACAUCGCCGCUCAUUAUUCGCAAAGUGGACAAGGGAAGGGUGUCGCCAGACGAUGGAGGCCCAGUCAGCCAAAUGCAAAAGAUUGCCUUGCAGCGUGUAAAUCCCGAUGGCUCGAGGCACUAUCUCUCCGCUGCGGGGCCGAUACCAGUGCCCGGCACCCCCGGCGUGAUCCCCCCACCGGCGCCUGGCAUUUCCUCACACCCAGGCACCCACCCAUUGCUAUUCCAGUCUCCUCGCGUUCGAGAGGAGCUCAAAGACGGCGUCCGAAUUAUCUCGGACGAAGUUGAUGAUUAUUUGUGCUGGACCAUCGUUGGUAUCUCCAAAUUCCAAUAUACAUUCUUUGAUGCGUUUGGUCAGAACCAGACGAUACCGGAAAUGCCUAUCACUCCAUUCCCAACCCUUUUCACUGCUCCCGUGUAUCGCCCCGCUAACAAUGCCGUCGAAUUGACCGUAUCCAACUUCUUCUACGAGGAUCCUAAAACACACGUACAGACGCCUCUAGAUGUUUAUCUGGGUAACUUGGGACCUUUACGCCAUCGGGUGUAUCAAGCUGCGACUCCUGGUCCCCUAACCAAUAUUGCACCUUUCGGUCAACCACUUGUAGGUGGUCCCCCUCCACCUGAUGGUUCGAACCCAGCAGCAGGCGACCAUGCCAUGAUGGCGGGACCCUCGGGCGCUGGCAUGUCUCCACCACGAUUUGUUCCCACUGGGCCACUACACACCAUCGUUAUCGUCGAGAUGCCCCCACUAGCGGACGUGAUAAAGGCAUUGGAGGAAGACGCCCUUCCACCUAACCACGAUCCCUCGAGGCCGCCAAGUAACGGCGAAGGCUCGCAGCCCCGUGAGGGCUCCAACGGCGCUUCACCUCCACAUCCUUCGAUCACUGGUAGAAGUCUUCCAUUGCUAUUUAUCCGCGCGUACGACGGAGUUGGCUAUCAUUCUGGGCGAACAAUAGCGUGCGAGAACGUAUUCCAAAGCAUGGACCUGUCAGCUGUACAGAACCCAGCCAAUCCCUUGCCGGGAGGCAUAGAACCUGGGUGGCUAGCCGCCGCCCAGGCUGCAGCUGCAGCAGAAGGUGGACUACAUGGAUGGACUCUCAGGGUAAUGUAG